UUUUCACAGCAAAAUAGGUUUGCAGACUGCAGAUGAGAGACUCGGGAGCAGAGACAAUUUUAACUUAGCCAUCCCUAAUUUAUCUCAAGCUUUUUCAAUUCAUCUUCACUGCUCUAUGCACACUGGAACACCAGAUUGUCAACCCCUGGGAACAGAAUGCAGCCAGGGAUCUAGAGAGCUGUCACAUCCUGAGAAAUAUUUAAAUUGUGCUGAUUUUCUUCUGGAGUGCUGAGCAGAGGGAAUGAAACUCUCCAUCAAGUCAUAGCUUUGCGGGCAAUAGAUCAGAGGAUACUGCCAGUUUUUCUAAUGGAUUAUUGUUAUCGGGCAGGUUCUUCCUGAAGCAGGGAAAAGACUGAAAACUAAAAAACUCCUGCUUUCUGUAGAAGACUGUUGGGGAGCGGAGACCCCCUCUGCAGCUCAAGAAGGAGCCCAUGCCGAAGCAGAGUGCAUGAAGAUGUGACUCCAUGGGAGGCCUAAGAUGAAACAAAGUCCUGCUGGAGACCUGUGACCCAUGGAGAGAGAGACCUACACUGGAGAAAGUCGGCCCCGAUAGGAUUUCUGACUCAUUGAGGGAUCCAUGCUGGUACAGCUGAAUUUGUGACCCUAAGAGAACAGCAGAGAAUGGAAGAACUGUUGCCCGAAGGUGGACUCAUGCUAGAGAGGUCCAUCAAGGAUUGUCUCUUGUGAGGAGGGACCCCACAAGAAACAGAGGUGGAACUCAAAAGCCAUUAUCCCCUGUAACUGUGGGAAGAUCAUGAUUCUUUUUAGUGAAACAGCUGCAGCUUGAAUUUCAUUGUGUGACCUUGACGCUUACUGUCAAGCCCUUCAAAGAGCUGUUAGAUUUGGCAAGAUUAAAAGGAAUUUCAAUUGUGGCUUUUUUAUUCAGACACCGAACCUGUUCCUUGACCAGAGAAGAGCACUACUGGACAUUUUGAAAGUUUCUGACUUGGAUCUUCAGAUAGUAAGGCAUUCUACUAGGAGAGUUUCCAUGUCUUUCUUAUGAGCUGUUGUGAGCUGCCUUUGCACUGAAAGUUUUCAGUUCCUGCAUUUGGUGGCACAAAUGAAAUGUGACACUACUGUAUGCUGUUCUUCACAUGAGACACAGCUUGAAAUAUUUUGAUAAAAUGAGAUGCUUGCGGAAAAGAUCAGCAGUGUCAUUCUUAGGAGUCCUUGUUGUUUGCUUGCUGUUCAUGAACUUGUACAUUGAAGACGGUUACGUUCUGGAAGGGGACAAGCAAUUAAUCAGAGAAACAGCCACGCACCAGCUCAACCCAGAGCGUUAUGUUCACAGUUUUAAAGAUUUGUCUAAUUUCUCAGGAUCUAUAAACAUUUCCUAUCGCUUCUUAGCUGGUACACCUUUGCCAAGGAAAAGGUAUCUUACAAUUGGAUUAUCCUCUGUAAAACGGAAAAAGGGAAACUACUUGCUUGAGACCAUCAAAUCCAUAUUUGAACAGUCAAGCUAUGAGGAACUCAAAGAAAUCGCAGUGGUAGUACAGCUGGCAGAUUUUGACUCAGCCUGGUGUGAAGGGAUGGUCCAGGAUAUUUCACAGAAAUUUGCACAUCAUAUAAUUGCAGGCAGAUUAAUAGUUAUUCACGUCCCUGAGGAUUAUUAUCCUGUACUGGAUGGCCUCAAAAGAAAUUACAAUGACCCAGAGGACCGUGUGAAGUUUCGAUCAAAACAAAAUGUAGAUUACGCUUUCCUUCUAAACUUUUGUGCUAAUCUUUCUGACUAUUAUGUGAUGCUAGAAGACGAUGUUCGCUGCUCAAAGAAUUUUUUGACUGCUGUUAAGAAAGUAAUUACCUCACGAGAAGGAUCCUACUGGGUGACUUUGGAAUUCUCUAAACUGGGAUACAUUGGAAAGCUUUACCAUUCUCAUGACCUCCCACGACUGGCUCACUUUCUGUUGAUGUUUUACCAAGAAAUGCCUUGCGAUUGGCUGCUCAUCCACUUUCGUGGGCUGUUAGCUCAAAAGGAAGUGAUACGUUUUAAGCCAUCUCUGUUCCAGCACAUGGGAUACUACUCAUCUUACAAAGGAGCUGAAAAUAAGUUAAAAGAUGAUGAUUUCGAAGAGGAGUCAUUUGAUAUCCCUGACAACCCACCUGCAAACUUGCACACCAACAUGAAUGUAUUUGAAAACUAUGAGGCAAGCAAGGCUUACAGCAGCAUUGAUGAGUAUUUCUGGGGUAAAGCUCCUUCUAGUGGAGACUUCUAUGGAAUUGUAUUUGAAAAGCCCAUUAAAAUCAGUAAAAUUAAAGUUGUCACUGGAACUGAAGAUCGGCAAAAUGACAUUUUACAUCAUGGAGCCCUCGAAGUAGGAGAAAAGAUUGUAGGCAAUAAAAAAGGGAGACAAUGUACAACUUACUUGAGACUAGGGGAGUUCAAAAAUGGGAAUUUCGAAAUAACAGAUGUAGAGCACAAAGUUCUGUUUGAUGUUAACUGCAUGAGAAUACUUGUUACCAAAAGUCAAAAAGAAUGGCUGAUCAUUAGGAGCAUUAGCGUCUGGACUUCUCAAACACCAAAUCAGUAAAGCAAAGACACCUGAUCAGGUACAGAGUGCACACAGUCAUCUGGGUCCCAACUAGUGCCGUUGCCCAGAAAAACUGACCCUUACAACUCUUCACUAAAGACAUAGAAAAUCUGGGGAAAUCACAAAACAAGUAAAGCAAUUUAUUUUUUACUAGUUUGGUCAGGCAAUAUACAAACAUUUAUUUGCUGGAAAUUUUGAAUUUUAUAAGAGAUCUUUAAACACUUUUUUUAUUAUUAUUUCUCUGUAAGAGAGACCUUGUGGACCAUACAGAAUAAAAAAACACCCUAUAAUUGCCAAAAGGUUUAAAUCUAUGACCAAUAUGUUGUGAACAGAAACUGGAUUGCACCUUAUGCACAUAAAAAUUUAAAAUCUUAUGAUAGUAUGCAUUUGUACUGUAGUUGGUGAUGUGUUUCUUUUACAGGCAGUUGUGACAAGGAAAUCUGUCUUGAAACUGGUAGUUUCCUUCUGAGCACUGUAAGAAAAUAGUGUGGCUAAUCAUUGCAACUUCUUUUCAGAAGGGAAUGUAUGUAAAAUUAUAAAUCUGACAUGACAAUUAUGUAAAAAAAUAGAUAAUUGCAUCUGUUAUUCUGUCUCAACAAAUAUCCUUUGUUCUUUUUUCUGGGUCCUUUCACUGAAAUUAACAGUACUUGAAUUCUAUAUUACUUAGGGGACCAAUUUACUUUCCUUACUCGAACAAAAUGCCUCACAGUAAGCAAGGUUUCUACUUGAGUACUGAUGUCACUAUCAAACCCAAGCACCUCAAAGGUAGCACUGUUCUCUUAACAGAUCCCAGCUUCAGCAUUUUUUGUUCCUUCAUGAUAUGUAGAACACUCCCUGAGACAUCUGCAUAUAACUGAAUACUACAGCAUACUUUUAACAUAACAGAAGACUGUUAUGCCUUCCAUAUCUACAUGUCCAGUUCAUGUAUGCUACAAAUGUAAACUGUACUAGGUUAAUCAGUUGGAGGUCAGUGUAAGCUCCAGUCUGCUCUGAGUGAUUUAUAGUCAAUAGAAGAGAGCACAAAAUGAAGAAUCCUUAUUCAGUGAGAAAUUAUUAUCCUCCUAAAUUAGUUUUUGGGGUUUUUUUUGU